GCGUGAACAUGGCGUGAAGCCGCGCAGCGAAAGUUAUGGCAGAAGCUAAAUAAGCUUGUGGCAUCCCUUCUUUACGUUUCACUCUUUCAAGGUGUUUAAACCUGUGAACUGACUAACAUAUUGCUAAACACACUCAGCCAUAUAAACUCUGUACGCGCGCACCCGUUAUGGAAAAGCCGGAGUCAAAAUCGGUGCCUACGUCGGAGAGGAAGCAAGCCAUACUGAAAACAAUCGAGAGGCGAGACAGCUGCAAGAAAAGAGCCGCGCAGAUCGUGGAGGAGAUGCUGGAGAGCUCGCUGUCCGAGGAUUGGCUGCUUGGAGUUUUGCAUGAACUAUCUCAACAAGACUAUCAGGAUGCCGUUGAGGAAAGAACAAUAGUGCGGCUUUGUGGCUAUCCGCUCUGCAACAAGAAUAUCACUCAGGUACCAAAGCAGCAGUAUCACAUCUGCAUGAAGACGAAGAAAGUCUAUGACAUUACACAUCGCAAGCAAUACUGCAGCAACACCUGCUAUCGUGCAUCAACAUUUCUGAAAGGCCAACUGUGGGAUGGGCCACUGUGGCUUCGAGACGAGGCAGACACUGCAACGAAGUACAGAGUUUACCAUGAAGAAGAGCACCUUGCACAAAGUGUAAAGAGAGAUGGCCGUGGCGAGGAAGUAGACCUUGGUCAUAGCCGCCUGUCUGCGAAAGAUGUUGAAGGCCCUCAAGAGAGCACACCUGCAGAUAUGCUACGACCUGCGAAGGACGUCUCGCCUUAUGUGACUCCUGAUGCUUUGAAGAAGUUGGCACAUAGCAUUGACAAAAUGACCCUGGACAGUCCGAAGUCCACAGCCCAGGCAAGAAACAUUGAGGAGUCAGGCACUUAUGAUCAAGAACUAGAGGAUGGCUAUGACUAUGAACGUGAAAGCCCCAACACAUAUGAGAGGCAUCCUGCAGCAACUUCGCUUCCACACAAUGACGAACCGACAGCAGCUCAAAAGUUGAACAGUCAAACAAGGAAGAGUGUCCCCAUUCGCAACCAGAAGUCGUGGCAGCAGGCAUUGGCGAGUGAGCAAGCCAGGGCAGUAAAAGCUCCUACCACAAGUAGUGACACAGUUGGUCCUCCAAUAGAGCGAGUCAGACAUGCCCUGAAGCAGUGGAUCACGGCGGAAACAGUUGCUUUUCUUGUUGGAGCUGGUGCAGCCAGGCGAUUUCGGAUUAACAAUAGGAAGCGGGAGGAAGCCAUCAAAGUUGAGCGCUAUCAUGCGCUCUAUUCAAAGCUCUGCAAACGCCUCGACGAGGAGGAGAGGGCCGAGGAAAGGCUCGGGGCAGCUGCAUUGGACUCUGAUGAUGACGAAGAUGUGCAGGUUUCAAAAAAGCCAUCAGCUCCUAUGCCGACAAUGGAGCAGCUGCGUCAAGAUUCGCAACGAAGAAAACUGGAAAUUCGUGAACGGCAUCAGGAUAGCUUUAAGAAGAGAGAGGUGCAUGCAAAACCGAAACAAAGUGCUACGUCAGUGUCAAAGACAUGUGACAGCAAGCCAAGAAAAGAAAAGCAGACAGAGGACCCUGACACGACAGAGUCAUGUGAACGAGAACCUGUGCUUCCCCUUGUAGACAGCCAUGCUCAGAAUGUUCACCGACGCAGGAUAGUCCUUAACUGGUUGAGGAAAGUGCUUCCCGACAUCUUGGACGUGCUGUACAUGGAUCUGUCAGAGGUGUCAUCUUAUUUGACGGAACUAAUCUUGACGUUCAGGCUCUCUGCUGAAAACAUCACCUUCAGGUUGGAAACCUGGACACAUAUAGCAGCUGCGAUACUGGUCAUGCUUUCGAGAAAGUGUCCACCACUGAAUUCCGCCAUUAUGAUGGAGGAAUCGCGGAGGCGCUUCUCCAUAUUCUUGGAAGACAGUGGACUUUCUCUGCAGGACACAAUGCAUAUGGUUGACGACUUGCUGGGCAGUUAAUGCUGCCUCUAGGCUUUAUGUAUAUUAAAUAAACUAAUUACAUGACCACGUUACAUGAUAGUGUGCAAGAUGAGACACAUCAGUAAUCAACGUUCGGACAAGAGAGAAUCGAUACAGUCGACUUUUGUUAAUUCGACCCUAAUGGGACCAGACAAAAUUGAUCGAGUGUUCCAGCGGGUCGAAUUAAACAAGAUGCAGAAAAAAACACCGAAACGCACCGCCAAUGCAUUUGGAAGUAUUUGCCUAAAGCACGCCCACUUUCUGUGGUGUCCAACAUACAAAAACUAACAUAAAAAAGACAGUUUUUCUGCAGUACAUUUGUAUUAUGCAGUAAAGCAUACGAACGCCGCGAAGGCAGUUUUGGUUUCAUAUCCGAUUGCACCGUGCGGGCAGUUUUCUGCCCAAUUUCCUGUAAAAAUAAAUCAGUAAAGGCACGCGUUAGAAGCGGGUAAAUACUAUGAUCAGACAUUGCACUCAGCUUCAAAUACAGUUAAUUUCUUUUUCGAUUAUCAUGCUUGAUUUGUUUGAAAAAUGACAAAACUGCGGAUGUCUGCCCGCUGCGGUGGCUUAGCGGCCAUUGCGUUGCACUGAUAAGCACGAGGUUGCGGGUUCGAUUACCCGCCGCGACAGCCAUAUUUCGAUGCAGGCGAAAUGCGGAAAAUGGUUCCGUACCACAUGUUAGAUGCAGGCUAAAGAACCUGUGGUGGUCGAAAUUAAUCGAGUCCCCUACUAUGCGUGCCUUGUAAUCAUAUUGUGGUUUUUAGCACGUAAGACUGCAUAAUGUAAUUUUACUGUUAUUAAAAUUGAUGUCUUAUACAGCAUGCGAGGGAUGUUGAAACGAUAAAGCAUAGGGAUAAUUUUGCUUGAAGGACUAAAACGUGCAAGGUGGCCUGAGGUCACGGGUUCUGAAAGAAAAAUCAGGACUCCCCUUGGGAAAAAUGAAGCAAUAUGACUGCAGUUCAUCUUCUACGAUCUUUCAGAGACACACGUAUGCACACUUGAGCAUAUAUCAAUUCUUUUUAAGGAAUGUGUCAAUACUGCAGUGUCUUGGAAUAAAUAUUUGCGAAACUGUG